UUGAUCUUUGGACUCUGCCCCGGGGCCGGCUCACACCUUAUUCCAGGAGACUCAUAGCAAGCAGAGGCUUCUCUGCCCACCCUGAGUCCUGGAUCCUUCAUAAACAACAGACCAGAAGGGGAUUCUUCAUCAACCAGCUGGACACCUCCAUAUCACCAGCCCCUGCCCUCUGGCUGCUCCUGCCCGGGAAAGGCCUGGAGGAAGAGGCCAGGAAAGGAAGAGACCUGCCCCUCUCCUCUGUCCUUCCAUUGACCCAGCACCAGCAUCUGGAGACUCCAUGGCCUGGGCUUCCUGGGGCUGCUGCCCCUGGCUUGUCCUCCUCUCUGUUUGUGCCUGGGGCCAUGCAAAGCCAGUGGACCUGAGAAGAGAGAACGUGAGAAACUGUUCAACGAACCCUCAUUACCUUCCAGUUACUGUGGUCAAUACCACGGUGCAGCUCACAGACCUUCGCCAGCAGAUGCAAACCCAGAAUCUCUCUGCCUACAUCAUCCCAAACACGGAUGCCCACAUGAGUGAGUACAUUGGCGAACAUGACAAGAGGCUUACAUGGAUGACAGGCUUUACAGGGUCUUCAGGAACGGCAGUGGUGACCAUGGGGAAAGCAGGUCUCUGGACUGACAGUCGCUACUGGACCCAGGCUGAGCAAGAGAUGGACUGCAAUUGGGAGCUCCAUAAGGAAGUUGGCAGUACUCCCAUUGUCAACUGGCUCCUCAAUGAGAUUCCUGCAGGAGGGCGUGUGGGCUUUGACCCCCUCCUCUUCUCCAUUGGCACCUGGAAGAGUUAUGACACGGCCCUCCAAGGCUCUGACAGAGAGCUGGUGUCAAUCACAACCAACCUUGUGGACCUGGUGUGGGGUUCAAAGAGGCCUCCAGUUCCAAGCCAGCCCAUUUAUGUCCUGCAGGAGGCAUUCACAGGGAGCACCUGGCAGGAGAAAGUAUCUAACAUCCGCAGCCAGAUGCAGAAGCAUCGCAAGGCCCCGACUGCUGUGCUUCUGUCAAUGCUUGAUGAGACAGCCUGGCUCUUCAACCUGCGCAGUAGUGACAUCCCUUAUAACCCCUUCUUCUAUUCCUACACGCUGCUCACGGACUCGUCCAUCAGGUUAUUUGUAAACAAGAGUCGCUUUAACUCCGAGACCCUGCAGUAUCUGAACUCCAGCUGCACAGGACCCAUGUGUGUGCAACUUGAAGAUUAUAGCCAAGUCUAUGACAGCGUCCAAGCCUACGCCUCAGGAGCUGUGAGGAUCUGGAUUGGGACCAGCAAUACUAUGUAUGCGUUUUACAACGUGAUACCCCAGGAUAAAAUCAUAGCAGAAACCUACUCCCCAGUGAUGGUAACCAAGGCGGUGAAAAACAGCAAGGAGCAGACUCUCCUCAAGGCCAGCCACGUGCAGGAUGCUGUGGCAUUGAUCUGCUACUUGGUCUGGCUGGAGAAGAACGUGCCCAAAGGCACAGUGGACGAGUUCUCAGGGGCACAGCUACUGGACACAUUCCGAGGAAAAGAAAAGUUUUCCUCUGGACCCAGUUUCCAAACCAUCUCUGCUAGUGGUCUUAACGCUGCCCUGGCCCACUACAGCCCAUCAAAGGAGGUACACCGCAAGCUGACUUCAGAUGAGAUGUACCUGGUGGAUUCUGGGGGACAAUACUGGGGCGGAACCACAGACAUCACCAGAACAGUCCACUGGGGCACCCCGUCUGCUUUCCAAAAGGAGGCAUAUACCCGCGUGUUGAUAGGAAAUAUCGAUCUUUCCAGACUCAUCUUUCCUGCUGGUACAUCAGGACCAAUGUUGGAAGCCUUUGCCCGCAAAGCCUUGUGGGAGGUUGGGCUCAAUUAUGGCCACGGGACAGGCCAUGGCAUUGGCAACUUCCUGUGUGUGCACGAGUGGCCAGUGGGAUUCCAUUCCAGCGGCCUUACUAUGGGCAAGGGCAUGUUCACUUCCAUUGAACCUGGUUACUAUCAGGAUGGCGAAUUUGGGAUCCGUCUUGAAGAUGUGGCCCUAGUGGUAGAAGCAAAGACCAAGUACCCAGGGACCUACCUGGCCUUUGAAGUGGUGUCAUUGGUACCCUAUGACCGGAAUCUCAUUGAUGUCAGACUGCUGUCCCCAGAGCAGCUCCAAUACCUGAAUCGCUACUACCAGACCAUCCGAGAGAAGGUGGGCCCAGAGCUGGAGAAGCGCCAACUACUGGAAGAACUCAAGUGGUUGCAGCAGCACACAGAGCCCUUGUCUGCGAGGGCUCCACGCACCACCUUCUUGGCCUCUCUGUUGGCAGCCUCUACUCUUGCCAUCCUUGGCUGGAGUGUCUAGAGGCCCAGGACUCCCCUGCUAACCCUGUCAUUCAGCUCCCUUCACCCUGCACCACCCAUGCCCUAAGAGCUUCUGCUGGCCCAUUGCCUGGAAACCUUUGUCCUCAGCUUCCUUCUCCAGGACCAAGCCCCAACCACUCAGGGCUUCUUGGGCUUAUACACCUCACCCUCGGCUCCCAACCCCAGGAUAGGAGAGCCAGCUAGUUCCUUU